AUGCUCAAUCGCAGCCUCUCUCUCCUCCUCUUCGGCCUCAUCGCCCUCCUCUCCCUGGCCACCCCCACCCACGCCGGCCCCGACUUCUGGGCCAUGUGGAACAACCGCAACCGCUGCGCCCAAAAAGACGCCCGCGUCCUCGCCGCCAUAAACGCCUUCUGCAACACAAACUUCUACACCGGAGGUCCCUACGCAUCUGGAGGCGUUGCUGUUGCCGGCGUCAGAGUAGGCGUUGGCGCUACCUGUAGAUGGGGCACUUUUGUACCUCAGGUUUGGUGUGAGAGUCAGAUGUUGGAGGUAUGCGCGAUGGGCGGUGGAAGGGGAAGGGGAAAGAGAAGUUACGAUGGUGGAUGUCAGCAUUUCUGGAUUACCAAUGCUUAA